CUUCGUUCGGAUCAAAUUCAAAAUAUGAGUUUAUAAUUGAGAAAAAUGGAGGCACUGUCAACUUUAGUAAAGGUUACUUUCCCAAAUUAUUUAUCCAAUUUACCAAUUCCGGAUUCGUUUGGUGGAUGGUUUAAAUUGGGAUUUCGCGAUUGGCUCAGCUUGAUUCCACCGACAGCUGCUGUUGCCGGUUUAGGUUACGUUUCAUACUUGGCUUUCUGCCCAGAAGCACGAAAAUCGACUAAAGUAGCGCGAGUCAACAAAUUGAUUCGUUUGGAGGACGCUAAAGUCGCUGAUUUUGUUGACAUCGAGGAUAUUGCUGAAAAGGCUGCGUUCUGCAGAUGUUGGAAAUCCAAAAACUGGCCCUAUUGCGAUGGAUCCCAUGGCGCACACAAUAAAGAAUGCGGUGAUAAUUUGGGACCAGUAGUACUUAAACGAAACCCCGAUAAAAAAUAAUUUGGUGAAUGAGAUUUUGAUUUUAUCCGGCAGAAAUAUUUAUGUAUAUAUUCGCCGGCGCUCAUUUUUUGUUACAACUGCUUAUCCAAAAUAAAGAAAAUUGAAUAAAAAUUAAAGGGGAA